AUGCUCAAAACCAUCGCUUUCAUAAAAGGGAAGAAAUGGACGAGCCUCAUGAUCAAACGGGUCUACUUUGGAAAUUGGCUCCGCGACUACUCGCAAGCUUUGGACGUCGGCACUUUGACUAAAUGCCAGUCCGACACACUGCGGAUUCUUGUUUGGAUAUUGUCUUUUCUGAGCUUUGGUUAUGCUACAGGCGAGUUUGAAGUAACAGCAGAGCGUCUGGGAGUCUAUCGGCCUGAGGAACAUAUCGACAAUCCUCGAGACUACGCCGACAACCAAGACGCACGCAAAUUUGAUCCGCGCUUGAGAGGUCCCAUUCAGCCGAGUGAACUACAAAUCGACCCCGAGACUGGAAUGAAGAAUUAUAUUGCUAACGAGCGUCUCGGUAUUGCAACAUCUGCAGGCUACGUUAAAUUUUCAUUGACUAGAAGCAUACACUUCGGAAGGCUGUUCACUUCUGGCAAUAACAGAGGCCGGGAUGAGGACAUUGCUGAGGCUUUGAGGUGUCUGGGUCAAGCUCUCCACUGCAUGGAGGACUUCGGCGCACAUACCAAUUACACUGAGCUUGUUCUGCGUGAGAUUGGACAUCGAGACGUAUUCCCCCAUACCGGUACAGCGUCAGAGAUCAACCUUCGUGGACAUCGAGUAUUCCCACUCGUGACAGGCACCUUUGGUAUGGUAGACUUCCUGCACAGUGUCAUUGGUGAGGCCACAGACCAUUUCGCUCAGAGCGAGGUUGAGCAGAUGGACACUGCCCUUGGUAACGCUCAGAUACAGAAUAAGGAAGCCCAAACCAGCAGCCGAAGUGGCCCUGAUGGCGUGGGGGGUUCACAGCUUUCCAGCAUGACGGGCCUUCUUUCUCAAGUCCCAGGGGCUGGAGAUCUCGUAAAACAAGCAGAAGACCUGCAAGCCAAUUCAGAUGCUCAGGCCCGCGCCUCAGCCCCUGCUGCCAAUAAUCCAGCGACAUUCGAAGGACCGCCUGGUUCGACGAGUGGCCCACCCGGUCCCAAUAUUCCGGGCACAAGCAUCGAUCCGGUGAAGACUUUGGCCUCGAUUUAUCCGAUCCUAGAAUUCCGGGACAAGGUUGCCAAAGCAAUCUCGGCUACCAUUGAGAAAAUUCCUGGUCUACAGGCUCUGGUAGAGAAGAUCACGGAAACCUUGACCUUGUUCGUCCUGGGGUUGUUGGCACCCUUCAUUCGCCCUAUCAUCAAUGCUGUAUCGGAUCAGCUCAAGAACGGUAGCUCAGGGGUCGUACAAGCAAGUGGUCGUCAUCAAUACGAGCCUUGGACCGAUCCUCAUUGCACGGAUCCAACGCACUCUCUCCUAUCCAAAGAUCAUUUCUCAAAUAUUCUUAACGCACCGGCUGGCCAAGUUGCUUCUGCUAUCGUUACAUAUGUCGCACCCCGAGUCAUAUAUGCUUGGGAAAAUCCCAACGUCCCUGUAGAGCAAGUCUUGAAUGACGUUACCCGCGUGUUCCAUCAUCCGGCUAUGCGUGAUCAUGGGUGCGAGCUCCAUAGAAAUAUGUUUAGUACGGUCGAGAAUUGGGCGCGAUCGAGACCGGAUGGUGGUCAGAAUCUGAACGUCCUACUGGGGGCUCAAAGUGUCAGGGACGGUAAGAAUCAUACCAAAUCUGCAGACUCGGAGUCGCAAGGGUUCGCGGGUCUUCCUGGAAUGAGCGGCAUAAUGGGAAAGGGCGGCCAUUCUGCCGGUGGUCAAGGCCAGGGCUCACAUGGCUUUCCCCACAUUCCAGGCGUUGGGCAAAUCCCAGGUGUUGGACAGUUCAUGGGAGGUGGCCAUGGUCAAGGUUUUCCUCACCUCCCACACAUGCCCCAUGGCUUUCCUGGUGCGGGCAUGGGUCCUUCUCGCGAGAUUUCUGAUGCUGAUGCUACUAAUGUUCAAAAUUUGUACCCAGGAACUCAGACGCAGUACGAUUCAACGAGGCCGCAUCCUAAUCCUGCUGUAGGCUAUGGUUUGCAGCCAGAACAAUCAGAACCUUACCAACAGGCACCCAGUCCUAGCCAGCAGUAUCAGCAGGGCUAUCCCCCUCCACAGCCAUCCUACAACCAAGGGGGGCCACAGUACGGCUAUUACGACGAUCCGCCCAAGUAUUGA